AUGGUCGUGGAAGAAGUUCACAGUCUGACAAGAUCUAAAGAGCUUGUAACUGCCCUCAAUUGCCAUGGCAUUUGUGUUAGCUACAACACGGUUAAGAGAAUUGAUGUAGACAUCGCAGAACAGAUAAUAUCUACGGCAGGUGACAAUAGAAUACCACUUCCUCCUGUCCUAGAAUCAUCAAGUCCACUCAACGCAGCCAUGGAUAACUUUGACCGCAACGAAAGUACACUUGCUGGCACAGGUUCCACACACAACACCAUUCUUGUUCUUUUCCAAAAUGUCCCAACCAGCAAAGAAAAUCCAUCAGACGAAAGUGAUAUAUCGGCGAGACCUCUUUCUGCUCAGAGUAGGACUACAGUAAAGCUUAGAUCUAAAGUCCGUUGUCAACAGCUUAUCAGAAUGGCAGCAAUGAAAGAACGUGGAGAGAUAGGCAAGAAUUUCGAAGUAUCGGAGUCCGUUUUCAAUCCGUAUUCAACCUUUACAGAAAUAAACGAUCCUUCAACUUCCGAAACACCUGCAACUGGCGCACCUCAACAUCAGAAUCCACCUUGGUAA